UAUAUUUGAAAAAAAAAAAGGAAAAGAGAGAAAUGUCAGAUGAUGAACAUGAAAGUUUAGUAGAAAGUUACGAUGAAGAAGAUGAAGAAGAUUUAGAAGAAUACGAAGAUGAAGAAGAAGAUGGUUUUAAAGUAGGCGGUGGAAACCAAAAGAAAUUUAAAUCAAAAACUGAUAACAUUUUCGAAGAUGAAGCAGAAAUUGAUGAAGAUGACGACGAGGAGGACGAGGAUGAUGAGGAUGCCGACGACGAUUUCGAAGAGCAUUAUGGCAGCAAUCAAAAAGAGAAAGAUCAAAGGGCAUACAAUGCAUUAAGGAGCAACAACAACUAUAACUAUGACGAAGUUCUUUCCAAAUUUGAACAGAAAUAUGCCAAUCAAGAUUCAGAUCACGAAGAAUAUGAAGAAUAUGAGGAGGAAGAUAUACCAAAGCAAAGUUAUUGGCGUUUAAAGUGUCGUCUUGGUGAAGAAAAGAUGUUUGUGGCCUCUAUGAUGCAAAAAAUGUUAAACAACCAAAGAGGACCACCAGCUGAUAGAAUUUUAGUAAAAUCAAUGAUGGCACCACAACAUUUACCAGGUCAUGUUUAUGUUGAAGCCGAAAGAGAGGUUCAUGUUAGAAAUGCAAUCAAAGGUGUAACCUCAUUAGUAUCAUUCACACCAAUUCUCACACCACUCAAAGAUAUAAUAGAGAUUCUUUCAGCCAAUAAGAAGAAUGUAGACCUUCAAAAAGGAAGCUGGGUUAGAAUUAAAUUGGGUAAAUAUAAAGCAGAUAUUGGUCAAAUUGUUAGUAGUGAUUCAUCAAGAUCACGUAUCACUGUCAAAUUGAUCCCACGUUUAGAUUUACCGGCAAUUGCACAAUCAAUCAAAGAUAAAGAAGAUAAAGAUAGUCAAGGUGAUAAAAAUAAGAGUGGUAAAAGAAAGAGAACUCGUCCACAAGCUAGAUUCUUUAAUCCAGAUGAAGUUGAAAAAUUAAAAAUUCCACUCACUCGUCAAACAACAGCAUCCCAUGGUGUAUUAUUUGUUAUGAAUAACGAAAAAUAUAAAGAUGGUUUCCUCUACAAAAUAUUUAGAACUCAGAGUGUUAUUGUGGAUGGCGUUGUGCCAUCCCUUGAGGAAUUACAAAAAUUCCAAGAUAGAGAAGAAAAACAACUCGAUGAGGAUGGAAAUCCAAUGCUAGAUGUACCAGCAGAGCUUUCAAGUGCCCCAAUUUUACCACGUAUUUUACCAAAAGCAAAUCAUUUUUCAAAAGGUGAUACUGUAAGAGUUGCACAAGGUGAUCUUAAAAAUCUUAUGGCCAUUGUCGAAUCAGUUGAAGAUGAUAAAGUUUUAAUUGUCCCAUUGGAUCAAAAUAUUAAAGAUACAUUUGCAUUUAAACCAUAUGAAUUACAAAAAUAUUUUAAAGUUGGUGAUCACGUUAAAGCAAUUGGUGGUCGUUAUGAAGGUGAAACAGGUAUGGUUUUAAGAGUCGAUGAAUUACAAGUUGUACUUUUAUCAGAUUUAACAAUGACAGAAAUUAAAGUUAAACCACAAGAUUUACAAGAAUGUACAGAGGUUGCAACAGGUCGUUUGGAAUUGGGCAAUUAUGAAUUACAUGAUUUAGUUCAAAUAGGACCACAUAAAGUUGGUGUUAUCACAAAGGUUGAAAGAGAUUCAUUCAAAAUUUUAGAUGAAGGCGGUAAUGUCAGUACAGUUAAACUUCAAGAGGUUGGCAGUAAAAGAAGAAAUAAAUCAUUCACAACAUUAGAUACACAUCACAAUACAAUUCAGUCUGGCGAUUUAAUAGAAGUGGUUGAUGGUUCAUAUAAAGGUAAACAAGGUACCAUUCUUCAUAUCUCUAGAAACUUUUUAUUCAUAAAAUCCAAAGAUGUAUUUGAAAAUGGUGGUGUAUUUGUAGUUAGAACUCAAUAUUGUUCAUUAUUGGGUGGUAAUAAAAAUAAGCAAAACAAUAUUCAACAACAACAACAACAAAAUCAAUCACAAAGAGGUGGCUUUGGUGGUGGUAGAGGUGGCGGUAGAGGUGGCCAUGGUGGCGGUAGAGGUAGAAGAGAGGAUUCACCAUUACAUAAAGUUGUUACUAUAAAAAGUGGUCCAUGGAAAGGUUAUGUUGGUAUCGUUAAAGAAUGUACAGAAACUAUGGUUCAAGUCGAACUUCAAACAAACUCAAAGAGAAUCAAUGUAAUGAGAGCCAAUAUUCUUCUUCCACACGAACGUGCUCAACAACCAAUUAGCAAUAAUAGUGACUGGGAAUUCAAUGUUGGUAGAACUCCAAUGCGUGAAGAUCCAUCUCAAACUCCAAUGCGUAUGAAUACACCUGCUCGUUCCAAUAAUCACGAUCCAUGGGCUAUGCGUGAAUCAUCCGAUUACUAUUCAUCAUCAUCCUCAUCCAAUAAUAGUAUGAAUAACAAUGACGAUACCACUCCAGGAACAAACUAUUCUUUAUACUCACCAUAUACACCAACUACACCAUUAGAUGGUAAUAGACAUGGUGAGUCAACAUACACACCAUACGACCGUUCUACUCCAAUGGGAUCCUAUUCUCACAACUAUGAUAAUCCCACACCAUCCUAUUUAUCGAACUACAGUGAUCAUACUCCACACGAAAUUCCCUCAUCACCAUACACACCUCAUAAUAUUCCACAAACUCCAGCUACACCAAAUUCAGGUGAAGACCACGAUGAAGAGGUCGAACAACCAUUUUGGAGCGGUACAAAUAUUGAAGUCAUCUAUAAAGAUAAUGGUAAACAUGCUGUCGUUCUCGCCAAUACUACCGAAUCCACUUGUAAAAUUGAAAUACUCGAUACCAAAGAGGUAUUUGAUAAUGUACAUCAAUCUCAACUCACCCUUGUCUCUCCAUUAAAGAAAGAUCAUGUUGUCAUCAUUAAAGGUAAACUCACCGGAUAUACUGGUACUCUUUUCAUUUUAACUGAAGAAAAUACUGGUAUUAUUAAAAUGGAUUCAAAUUAUGAUUUCAAAGUAUUUAAAAUGUCUUAUUUUGGUAAAUUAAUUAGAUAAAAAAAUCAAUAAAAAAAAAAAAAAGUAUUUAAUAAAAAAUAAAAUAAAUUUUUC